AUGGAUCUCAAAUGUGAUGAUGACGAUUUGCUCUCUAGCGAUUUCUUUGACGGCAUUUAUACCUCCCAUGUCGGAAAGCAACACGGUGCAUUGCCUUCUGUCAUUGUUAUUGGUGGAGGUAUAUCAGGGAUUGCUGCUGCGCGUACGCUUCAAAAUGCAUCUUUUAAGGUAAUCUUGUUGGAGUCGCAAGAUAGAAUUGGCGGCCGUAUUUGCACCGAUUACUCAUUUGGUUGCCCAGUUGACAUGGGAGCAUCAUGGCUACAUGGUGUCUGCAAUGAGAAUCCAUUGUCUCAAGUUAUAAGCCGCUUGGGGCUUACAUUAUAUCGUACGAGUGGUGAGGACUCAGUUUUAUAUGACCAUGAUUUGGAAAGUUAUGCACUCUUCAACAUAAAUGGACAUCAAGUUCCACAAAGCAUGGCUAUCGAAGUUGGAGAUACAUUUAAGAAGAUCCUUGAGGAGAUGGAUAAAGUAAGGAAUGAAAAUUGUGAUGACAUGUCCGUUAGGCAUGCGAUAUUGAUUGUACUGGAAAGGCAUCCUGAAUUGAGACAAGGAGGACUUGCAUAUGAAGUACUACAGUGGUACAUCUGUAGAAUGGAGGCAUGGUUUGCUGCAGAUGCAGACAUGAUAUCUUUGAAAGCCUGGGAUCAGGAGAAAGUUCUUUCUGGUGGUCAUGGACUGAUGGUGCAAGGUUAUGACCCUGUGAUAAAGUCCUUGUCAAAAGACCUCGACAUCCGCUUAAAUCACCGGGUUAAAAGGAUUGUCAGUGGAUAUAAGAGAGUGGUUGUCACGGUUGAGGACGGGAGGAAAUUCGUUGCUGAUGCUGCAAUUAUUACUGUGCCACUAGGGGUUCUUAAAGCCAACUUGAUUGAGUUUGAGCCUAAGCUGCCUGAAUGGAAGCUUUCUGCAAUAUCAGAUCUUGGUGUGGGCAAUGAGAACAAGGUUGCAUUACGAUUUGACAAAGUUUUCUGGCCAAAUGUGGAAUUUUUGGGCAUAGUUGCACCCACCUCUUAUUCCUGUGGUUAUUUUCUCAAUCUCCACAAGGCCACAGGUCAUCCCGUUCUUGUCUAUAUGGCAGCUGGAGCCCUUGCAUAUGACCUGGAGAAGCUAUCAGAUGAGGCUGCUGCAAAUUAUGUAAUGUUACAGCUGAAGAGAAUGUUUCCUGAUGCAUCUGAGCCAGUUCAGUAUCUUGUGUCGUGCUGGGGAUCAGAUCCCAACAUCCUUGGGUGUUAUUCCUAUGAUGCAGUCGGGAAUUCAGACGACAUAUAUGAUCGGCUUCGAGAACCUUUGGGCAAUCUUUUCUUUGGAGGUGAAGCUGUGAGCCUAGAUCAUCAAGGUUCUGUACAUGGUGCCUAUUCAGCUGGAAUUAUGGCAGCAGAAAAUUGUCAAAAGCAUCUUAUGCAGAAGCUUGGGAGCUUGGAAAGGAUUCCAGUAGUGGCAUUGAGAGACGAAAUUGUUGAAGUCCCAGUUCCGCUUCAGAUCUCUAGGCUGUUUUCAUCUAAGGGCUUGCUUGCGAGUUUUGGGUACCGGCUAUGGAUUUUUUUGAAGUACCGAUUUUAA